CGUCGUGGGCGGGGCCUGCGUGCGUCACUUCCGUCAAAACUACAACAAACGCCGUGUGACGCGGGCUCCGAGCUAACUCACGCCGCCUUUAUUUACGGUUUAUUCCGGUUUCACGGACCCGCCACGCUUCAACCGGCAGCUGCGUAACCACCAGGUCUCUUCAGUCGGACCGGAUGAUAAGUGGCCUCCAUGGUGGCAGGUUCGUUGCUCAUGGAACCGUCCGCUAAGCCUGGGAACAACCAGGUGGCUGAUGUGGUGUUUGUCAUCGAGGGGACGGCAAACCUCGGACCGUACUUUGAAUCACUGAGGAAAAAUUACAUACUUCCAGCUAUAGAAUAUUUCAAUGGAGGGCCGCCAGCAGAAACAGAUUUUGGUGGAGAUUACGGAGGGACGCAGUACGGCCUUGUGGUCUUCAACACAGUGGACUGUGCUCCUGAGUCGUACGUCCAGUGUCACGCACCGACCAGCUCUGCCUUCGAGUUUGUCUCGUGGAUCGACAACAUCCAGUUCAUGGGAGGUGGAGCAGAAAGCUGUAGUUUAAUCGCAGAGGGGCUUUCCGUGGCCUUGCAGCUCUUUGAUGACUUUAAAAAGAUGAGGGAGCAAAUAGGUCAAACCCACAAAGUGUGUGUGCUGCUGUGUAACUCUCCUCCAUACCUCCUUCCUGCCGUGGAGAGUGUCAGCUACACCGGCUGCACGGCGGACAGCUUGGUCAAAAUCAUCAGAGACAGAGGAAUUCACUUCUCUGUGGUGGCUCCUCGGAAGCUUCCCGCACUGAGGGCUCUGUACGAGCGAGCGUCUCCAGUAGGAGGUGUGGUUGAACCCCAUCCAGACUACAGUCAAGACCCUUUCCACAUGGUCCUGGUCAGAGGCAUCUCGCUUCCUGUUUCUUUAGGUGGACCUGGGCCGCUCAAACCUGUCCUCCCUCCUCAGCCGCUGCCUGUCACUCAGCCUCACGGUGGAGCUCCACAGCCCCCUCCGCCCAUUAACACAAACCACCCUUAUCAGAAUCCGGCCCCCAUGACUGCUGCUCUGGCGGCUGCACAGAUGGCCGUGGAGGCAGCCAACAACCAGAAGAGUCGCUUUCCAGGGUUGGUCAAUCCAGGUCCUCCGUUCACCGGUCAGCCAACCAUCCCGUCGGUCCCCGGGGUGAAGCACAAUCAGCCCAGCAUAUCAACAGUCACCACAGCGACACAGCCCAUGAUGCCGCAGCAACCAGUUGCCCCCAAUCCUCAGCAGCCAGUCCCGCCCCCGGGACAGCCCGUGCCCAAUCAGCAGCCGCAGCCACAGCCGCAACCGCCGCCUCAGCCGCAACCCACGGCGCCUUCGGCACAGCCAAACAUGCCUGGUGUGUCCGGAGGUCAAGGCGGCGCAAAUCAAAUUGGACAGCCUCAAGGUGUGGCCAAUAAGAUCGUAGCAUGGACCGGCGUUCUGGAGUGGCAAGAGAAGCCCAAAGCCUCUUCGAUGGACUCGACGACCAAACUGACGCGCUCUCUGCCGUGUCAGGUGCACGUUAACCAGGGGGAAAAUCUGAACACAGACCAGUGGCCACAGAAGCUCAUCAUGCAGCUGAUUCCACAGCAGCUACUGACGACCUUAGGUCACCUCUUCAGAAACUCUCGAAUGGUUCAGUUUCUCUUCACCAACAAAGACGUGGAGUCGCUGAAAGGCUUGUACCGCAUCAUGACCAACGGUUUUGCGGGCUGCGUCCACUUCCCCCACACCACCUCGCCCUGUGAGGUGCGGGUGCUGAUGCUGCUCUACUCGUCCAAGAAGAGAAUAUUCAUGGGACUCAUCCCCAACGACCAGAGCGGCUUCGUCAACGGCAUCCGGCAAGUCAUCACCAACCACAAGCAGGUCCAGCAGCACAGAGCGCAGCUGGGCGGUGGAGGAGGUCCGAUGCAGCCUGGUCAGGUCGCCCCCAACCAGAACUUCCUUAACAGGCCCCCUGGCCCCAUCCCCGUCUCCCACGGCAACGUCCAGCAGCAGUCUGUGGUGGUGGGCAUGCCCCCUGUUAGUCAGGUCUCUAUGAUGGAGGAGCAGCAGAGGCAGAACAACAUGAUGACGAUGAGAGCAGCCGUACCAGCCAACCAGCAGCCGCCGGUCAGCGGCGCUCCACCCAACCAGGUCGCGCAGAGCGGACAAGCCGCGCCCCAGGGUCCCAUCCUCCGCCUGUCAAACCCAGGAGCCAAUCCGCAGCUUCGCAGCCUCCUCCUCAGCCAACAGCAGCCACAGGGUGGAGUGCCUCACAUGUCAGGCAUGAUGUCUCACCAGGGUUUAGGGCAGCAGUUGGUCCAUCCGACACCAGGAGGGGGGGCUCAAAUGCAGGGCCAGUGGAGGCAACCCUUGGCAGGUCAGAUCCUGAUGUCCGGAGGUCAGAGAGGUGCCGUACCUCAGCCCGGGAUGCCGUCAGUCACCAGCGUGAUGGAGGACGAAAUCCUCAUGGACCUCAUCUGACGGAGCGGCACAGAUUCAUGAACAGUGUUUACUUUUCUUUUCUUUUUUUUGCAGCUUGUUUGGACACGUGCAUUGAGCCGCUCUGUUGCUUUACUGCGACAAAUAUUCAACAUAAUUAAGGAAACGAAUCAUGAGUAGUUUCUCUUUUUUUUUUUUUUUUGUGGCUCUGAGCAGCUGAAGUUAAUUAGGGGCA